GCCAAAGCUUUGCCAAACUCUCGCUGGUUUGAGAGAAGGCAGGGAGAUGCAGGACCACACGACUGCCUCCGAGCUGCAGUAGGAUGGGAGUCAGAUUGGGUUUCUCGCCUCUCAUUGGCCGGUGGGCUGACUUUUGACACGCAGACCAGGGAUCCUCCUGCCGUAUAAAUAGGCCUGUUGGAACUUUAUUAUUCUAGCAUCACGGCAGCAGGUUUCUGCUAAGUUUGGAGUUACUCGCGUCACCACAACUGUAUGCCUGCUUGAAAGAGGUUUAAAAACAGGGGCUCAGCGGCGCAAGGAGUCUGCAUGUCUGUUUAGACAUGCUCAGCUUUGUGGAUACCCGGUUUCUGUUGCUGCUUGCAGUGACUUCAUACAUAGCAUCAUGUCAAUCGCAGGGUCCCCGAGGAGACAAAGGACCUCGAGGUGACAGGGGUUUUCCCGGCCCUAAUGGAAAGGAUGGCAAACCCGGACUCCCUGGCCCUCCCGGCCCCCCUGGACCACCUGGACUCGGAGGAAACUUUGCUGCUCAAUAUGAUGGUGUGAAAGCCCCUGAUCCCGGCCCUGGACCCGCUGGUCUUAUGGGACCCAGAGGCCAUCCCGGACUUCCUGGACUCCCUGGACCUCAGGGACAUGCAGGACACCCUGGUGAGCCUGGAGAACCAGGACAGGCUGGUGCUGUUGGUCCCCGUGGCCCCCCUGGACCCCCUGGCAAAUCAGGAGAAGAUGGUAACAAUGGCAGACCCGGCAAGCCUGGUGACAGAGGUGCCGCUGGUCCUCAGGGUGCUCGUGGAUUCCCCGGAACCCCUGGACUUCCAGGAAUGAAGGGACACAGAGGUUACAAUGGUUUGGAUGGACGCAAGGGUGAACCCGGUGCUGCUGGCUCCAAGGGUGAGCCCGGUGCCCAUGGAGCUGCUGGAAGCCCUGGACUGGCGGGACAACGUGGUCUGGCUGGCGAGAGGGGUCGUCCUGGCCCCGCUGGUCCUGCUGGUUCUCGUGGUGCUGAUGGCAACACCGGACCUGCUGGUCCUGCUGGUCCCCUGGGCGCUGCUGGUCCCCCAGGCUUCCCCGGUGGCCCCGGCCCCAAGGGAGAGGUUGGAGCUGCUGGAGCCACUGGUCCAUCUGGACCUCAGGGUGGAAGAGGAGAGCCUGGACCCAAUGGUGCCGUUGGCCCUGUUGGACCCCCUGGUAACCCUGGUGUUAAUGGUCUGAAUGGAGCAAAGGGAGCUGCUGGAACCCCUGGUGUUGCUGGAGCUCCUGGCUUCCCUGGACCAAGAGGAGGACCUGGUCCUCAGGGACCUCAGGGUGCCGCUGGACCAAGAGGCCUUGCUGGAGAUCCCGGUGCUCAGGGUGUCAAGGGAGACGGUGGUCCCAAGGGAGAACCUGGUAACUCUGGGCCUCAAGGACCCCCUGGACCCCAAGGUGAGGAGGGCAAGAGAGGACCCACUGGUGAGCUUGGUGCCACUGGACCUGCUGGACUGCGUGGAGCCAGAGGAGCUCCCGGUAGCCGUGGUUUGCCUGGUUCUGAUGGAAGAUCUGGCCCCAUUGGUAUGCCUGGUGCUCGUGGUGCCACUGGUGCUGGUGGACCUCGUGGACCCCCUGGAGAUGCUGGCCGUGCUGGUGAGCCUGGCCCAGCUGGUCUCAGGGGUCUCCCAGGAAGCCCUGGAAGCUCCGGACCCCCAGGAAAGGAAGGACCUUCUGGUCCUGCUGGACAAGAUGGCCGUGGUGGACCUCCUGGCCCAACUGGACCUAGAGGCCAGCCUGGAAACAUUGGUUUCCCCGGACCCAAAGGACCUGGUGGAGAGCCUGGCAAGCCUGGAGAGAAGGGUGGCAGUGGCCCCACUGGACUGAGGGGACCACCUGGACCUGAUGGUAACAAUGGAGCCACUGGCCCCAUGGGACUUGCUGGCGGCCCCGGUGAGAAGGGAGAGCAGGGACCUGCUGGAGCUCCUGGCUUCCAGGGUUUGCCUGGACCUGCUGGAGCUGCAGGAGAGGCUGGCAAGCCUGGAGAUAGAGGUAUCCCAGGAGACCAGGGAGGUGCUGGACCUGCUGGUGGCAAGGGAGAGCGUGGUAACCCCGGUGCUGCCGGAGCUGCUGGAGCUCAGGGACAAAUUGGACCCCGUGGACCUGCUGGAGUCCCUGGAGCUGAUGGUGGCAAGGGAGAGCCCGGUGCUGCCGGAGCUGCAGGUGGUCCUGGACCCCAGGGACCUGGUGGUAUGCCUGGUGAGCGUGGAGUGGCUGGUGCUCCAGGAGGCAAGGGAGAGAAGGGAGAGGCUGGACACAGAGGCCCUGAUGGAAAUUCUGGCAGAGAUGGUGCCCGUGGUCUGCCUGGACCUGCUGGACCUCCUGGACCCACUGGAGCCAAUGGUGACAAGGGUGAGGCUGGUUCCUUUGGACCUUCUGGCCCUGCUGGACCUCGUGGAGCCUCUGGAGAGCGUGGAGAAGUUGGACCUGCUGGAGCCCCUGGAUUCGCUGGACCCCCUGGUGCUGAUGGUCAGACUGGAGCAAGAGGAGAGCGUGGGCCUGCUGGAAUUAAGGGAGAGGUUGGCGCCGCUGGCCCUGCUGGACCCUCUGGACAGUCUGGACCUCCUGGUGCUGCUGGCCCUACCGGGGCUCCUGGUGCUCGUGGAGACUCUGGUCCCAAUGGUCUGACUGGUUUCCCUGGUGCUGCUGGUAGAGUUGGUGCUCCUGGUCCCGCUGGUAUUGUUGGACCUCCUGGUUCUUCCGGACCUGCUGGCAAAGAUGGACCCCGUGGUCUCCGUGGAGAUCCUGGUCCUGCUGGUCCUUCUGGUGAGCAGGGAAUGAUUGGACCAGUUGGUCUAGCUGGAGAGAAGGGACCUUCUGGAGAGCCUGGUAAAGCUGGUCCAGCUGGUGCUCCUGGAACCUCUGGUCCUCUUGGACUUCAGGGAUUCGUUGGUCUGCCUGGUGCUAGAGGAGAUCGUGGUUCACCUGGUGGUGCUGGUGCUGUUGGAGAGCCUGGUAGAGCCGGACCUCCUGGACCUUCUGGCCCCCGUGGUUCCCGUGGCAACAUGGGCAUGCCCGGUAUGACCGGACCUCAGGGAGAGGCUGGACGUGAGGGUAGCCCUGGUAACGAUGGACCCCCUGGCCGUCCUGGUGCUGCUGGAUUCAAGGGAGACCGUGGUGAGCCUGGACCUGCUGGUUCACUGGGACUUGCUGGUGCACCAGGACCUGCUGGACCCACUGGAGCAGCUGGUAGACCCGGAAACCGUGGAGAGGGUGGCCCACAUGGUCCCGCUGGAGCCGUUGGCCCCGCUGGAGCUAGAGGCGCCCCUGGACCUGCUGGACCCCGUGGUGAGAAGGGAGUUGCUGGAGACAAGGGAGAUAGAGGCAUGAAGGGUCUGCGUGGACAUCCAGGUCUCCAGGGAAUGCCUGGACCUUCUGGACAACACGGAGACACUGGACCUGCUGGACCAGCCGGACCUGCUGGACCCAGAGGACCUGCUGGACCCCACGGCCCUCCUGGUAAGGAUGGCAGAGCUGGUUCCCACGGUACUAUCGGCUCUCCUGGUGCCCGUGGACCCCCUGGAUACUCUGGACCAGCAGGUCCCCCAGGAUCUCCUGGUCUGCCCGGACCUCCUGGCCCAGCUGGUGGUGGAUAUGACGUCUCCGGAUACGAUGAGUACAGAGCUGAUCAGCCUGCUCUGAGAGCCAAGGACUAUGAAGUUGAUGCCACCAUCAAGUCACUGAACACUCAGAUUGAGAACCUGCUUACCCCUGAGGGAUCCAGGAAGAACCCAGCCCGCACUUGCCGGGACAUCAAGCUCAGCCACCCCGAGUGGAGCACCGGGUUCUAUUGGAUUGACCCCAACCAGGGCUGCAGCAAUGAUGCCAUCAAGGUUUUCUGCAACUUCGAAUCCCGCGAGACCUGCAUCCACGCCCAUCCUGAGAGCAUCGCCCGCAAGAACUGGUACAGAAGUACCGAGGGCAAGAAGCACGUCUGGUUCGGAGAGACCAUCAACGGUGGUACUGAGUUCACCUACAACGAUGAGACCCUCAGCCCCCAGAGCAUGGCCACCCAGCUGGCUUUCAUGCGCCUCCUUUCCAACCAAGCUAGCCAGAACAUCACCUACCACUGCAAGAACAGCGUUGCCUACAUGGAUGGUGAGAGCGGCAGCCUGAAGAAGUCUGUGGUGCUCCAGGGCUCCAACGAUGUUGAGCUCAGAGCAGAGGGCAACAGCCGCUUCACCUUCUCCGUGCUGGAGGAUGGCUGCACUAGACACACUGGUGAAUGGAGCAAGACAGUGAUUGAGUACAGAACAAAUAAACCAUCUCGCCUGCCCAUCCUCGACAUUGCACCUUUGGACAUUGGUGGAGCUGAACAGGAGUUUGGUUUGGACAUUGGCCCAGUCUGUUUCAAAUAAAUAGACUCAUGAUAAAUUAACAACAAAAAGAGAGAAAGAACGAAAAAAAGAAACCCCCCAAAAUCUCUGCCCUCCUUUUUGUGUUGUUUUUAUACUGAAUGCUGAUUUCUCUCUGCGAACCACUUGCUUAAGAUGGGCAACUAUCGGAGAGGACUGAACGGACUGAGAGGAGCGUUUGUGCAAUGCAAAUUAAUACAGCCACCCAAAGGGACGCGGGAAAACACCUUGUUGUGGGACAUCAUGUCAUCUUUUUGUAAAAAAUAAAAGAAGUGUAAUAAAAAUGCUGAAAGUAUGCAUCAUUUUGUGGUCUUUGUAUAUCUUCCAAAGAGGAGGUUUAAAACCACAAUUUCCAAGUAAAAAGGUUUUAACUACCUCAUGCCUGUACGCAAAGAAAAUACUAUUGAGAAAACCUGGGUCCACAACCGAGAUGUUAAGACUGCUUCGAGCUUUGUCCCAUAUCGGAAGGUGCUCAGUGACUUGAAGCAGAGAUCUAUGGUGCUAAUAUGCAGCUGUGGAGCAAACCACUUUUUUUACUGUAUUAUUUUGUAUUGACCUUUAAGGAGUCUUCCAUUUGUCUCCCUGAUACUCCCUCACUUUAAGCAGGUGGAAUGUUUCAAAAUCUGAUGUUUGGUUCUGAUUUUAUUUUCUAUUUUGUUUGGUCUCUGUUGUUUUUUUUCUUUUCUUCUUUUUUUUAAAAGAACUUCUUCGUUUUUGUUUAGGCUUUUUCCCUCCUCCAGUCCCACUCUCAGUGUUCAUACUGGCAGCACAUAAUUCACAUCCAAUUCUGAAUGGUUUUUCGGCGGCCUUUCUCUCUCAAACAAUGACACCACAAAGUCUAUUGUACCUAUUUUGUAUAUGUGAGAUGUUUAAAUAAAUUGUGAAAAGUUCUGAAAUAAAGCAUGUCCAAUGUUCCAAAACCCACUAUGCAGUGACUUAAGUGCUUUCAUGUUUUAAUGACACCACUGAAGGUGUGUCACUGUAUUUUCUUUUUUCUGGUUUUACCUUGGACUGAUGAUUUACUAAUCAUCAUUGACUUAAACAUCUUCCUAUUAUGGAAGCUCAGCCAUAGUUUGAUUAACUUUCCCAAUUCACCCUGCUUUUCAAAAGUAGAUCCAAUUCUAAUGUAUAAAAAAAAUUCUGUUUACACUGUCCAUGCCAAUGUGUGAUUACUAAACUGCAUUGUUUCUUGUAAAUAUGCUUCGUCUCAUGUUGCUUUUUUUCUUGCAUUAUACAGCUUUUGCAUCCAAAUAAAUUUCUGUGGUUUGGAUCAAGGCUUGAAUUGCAGUGAUGCGAGUAUAGUCAUUAUAUUCUUUAUAUAGGAUCAUGCAUUCCUCCUGUUUCCCUUUGUGAAAAACUCUGGGAAUAUAUAUACAUCUGAGCACGGUGUUAAUGGAACAGAAAUGGAGCAUUAAGAGAGCCAUGGCACCUUCAUGACCACUAGAGGGCAAUGUGGCCUUUUCCAGAUGCCAUCUCAUACUUGCAAACUGGAUUGAUUCAGACUCAGGGGGGCCAAAAACUCACCAUAUCAGACCAAUGAAUAUCAUACAGGUCUCUCACCAUGUCUUGCCAUAUUCAUAUUUGUAUAAAAUCCGUAUUUUGGGACAUUAUCAGAGACUAAAACUUGUGAAAGCUCUUUUUUUAAUCCUGUUUAUGUGAAGAUUGCUUCCACAUAAGAUAAUAUAAGGUAGCCCUUUAUAAGUGAUGGUAUACAUUUGAGGUCAACAAUGACCAACAGUGUAUUAUGGGUGUGAUUUAAAUAAAGAGCAAAAGGAAACAGAAAACAUUCAU